ACUUUUAAAAUCCGUAUCAAAUAGUUCUGACAUCUGUGUCACCAAAUGCUGGUAUAUAUUGAUAGUCUUUUUUCACUGAAGUUGAGACUUUUCUAGUUCUUGGUACAAUUAGUGAUUUUUGAUCAAGACUUGGACAAUUUGGGUGUUAAGAAACUUUGGAUCUCAUUUUAGAAGCACUCUUAUGACAUCACUACAUUGGGAAACUGGAGAUGCUACUUCAUUACUGCCAGGUGAGGCUGGAAGUCCAAGUUCUUACUCCAUUGACACCUGGAAGCUGUUGUGCUUUUCUGUACUGCUAGGCAGGAAUGGCAAUUCAGUCUCUUCUCUAGGCUGAUGUCACCUUGCCUGAGACGGUCAGGGUUGCCCCAUUACUGUUCACCACGUGACCUUUCAUGGACACCACAGGGAGAUGGUCUUGCUACUGCUGGGCAGUGGUGAAGGUCCUGAUACUUCACUAGAUCUCUUCUGACACACAAAGUGGCAAGGUGGAGAGUGACACCUUAUUACCACUGGAUGGGAGCAGAAUUCCAAGCUCCCUACAAGGUCUCCACUGAUACUGCAGAAAGAGGAGGCUCAUUACUCCCCAGCAGGGUAAAAGUCACAACUCCUCACUGUCUCCUCUGACAAACCCUGUCAGAGGGAUUGGGGAACCUCCUUACAGAUUGACAGGAGUGGAAAUCUGGGCUCCUCACUUGACCUUUGCUGGCUUGAUGGGGUUAGAGACAGAUUUUCUGUGUUUGGUAUAGUAAAGAGGUGGUUGUCUAAACGUUUUCUGUCUUACCAGGCUGCUGCCUUUUCUGGAACUUUGGCUCAAGAGGUUUUUCUUGGGGCUUGUUUUAUCUGUGCUCAUUGGCAUUUCUGAGUAUCCUGCAUCUCCAACAUCUCAUCUGAAACUUAGGAGGCCAAAUAGAUCCAGGAAACUCCUACCAUCUCUCUCAUUCCUUUGAUCCUGAGGGUGAUAGCAGUCUUUCCUCUCUCCACCUUUCAGUGCCUUAUGUUUGUUUUAUAUAUAAUGUUCGUGGUUUUAGCUAUACUUAGUAGAAGGUAUAGGAAAAGUGUAUUUUUCUCUCCAUUUUUCUGUGCUGAGAAACCAAGAACCAGAAAUGUUUAUUAUUGCCCUAGAAACAUAGGAGAAGAAGGUUUGUGACUUUGUGUCCUUGGGUAUGUCGGGGAUGAGAAGAAGCUGUCCCUAGAGAUAGCAGGGAUCCAGCAAUAUAGUGGCAGGCUGGAUUAAAGGAGACAUGACUGGGAAGCAACCUGUGGUGCAUGACAGCUGAUGGAUGGUUGUCAGAAACAGUGGUGUCUGAUGAUCCAUUUGAAGCUAUUUCCUCCUCUCUAUUCCUAUUACUCUCCAUUUCCCCCAAUAUCUUCAGUAAGCACCUAUUAUAUGUAGCAGCUUAGUAUUAAAGAAUGAAGGAGAUGAAAGAGAAGGUUAUGCAAUUGUAUUUUGGGCCAAGGAAAGUGACAGAGGUGGCAAGGCCAGUGAUGAAGAGCCUGCCAGAGUGAUAGAGGCCUGAGCAAGGAACAAAUUGGUGAAGGAAGAUUAGGACCUUGGCAUGUGGAGUCACUGCGGAAGCCUGUAUGUUCUCAGAGCUCAGUAGAGAGGAAGUAAAAGCAGGGAGCAGUAGCUGAGUCAUUAUGAGAAAGAGGGUUUCGCCAUAGAAAGUGCCACCUUGGCUGGAUUCUCUUGAAGUUUGCUGCACGGUUACUUGAGUGGAGAGAAGCACCUCUGCUUUUGCGUAUGGAGGGAAGCUCUUUGCAUGCAUUUUGAAGGCAGCCUGUGCCGUCUGAACUACUAAGUGCCCUCCCACAGGCUCCUAACGCCUUGCUGCCUCUCCAGGUGGGUCUGAAGUGGAGUCAGCUCAGAGGCCUGCCAUUCCACUCUUCAUUCCAGUGAUACCUUGGCUUGCUUUAUGAACCCUGAGCCCAGAGUUCCUAAAGCACCAAACCCAGUGAAGCAGAGACACCUCUGGCAUGGGUCUGUGAGUUGCUUCUCAGGGCCCAGGCCAGCAACAAUGAUUCAGCACACAGGCCAACCUGUGUAAGCUUUAUGCAUGCAUUUUAGGGCAAUGGGAAGCAUGGUGAGCAAGAUUUGUGGUAAACCUUUAACCACAUUCAACUUCUUCUAAGAUUUAUCUGCUUUAGAAUAUGUAGAGUUGGAGAAAUGACCAGGGACCGCACAAUGCUGUGCUUGUUAUAUUGCUGUAGAGUGAAGGAUGCUGCUGGCUCUCCCUAGUCUGGAGUGAAUUUGGCCCAUGUAACGGGGCAGCAGGGAGUCAGGCAGGUGAGUUCUUCCUUGUGUCUCCUUUUCCAGUAAAUGCCAAUAUGCUCCCCAGAUCACCCUUGGCUAACAUCUAGGUCUUACACUAAGUUGUCCUCCCACUCCCCAGGGUGAAUUAAUCUCCCUGCCAUGUACCCCCUGAGAACCUAUUGGCUGAGUCUCCAUCCCCAUCUGUGAAAAUGCUUUGUGAUGUGCAGUUUCAUUUCACAGAAUAGAAACUGUGUUUUGAUUCACCAGGACCCAAACACUCUUUUUGUAGAAUCUAUAAAGUGACAUGGAAGGUCAUAUUUUAGAGGACUGUCCCUGCAGCUGGUGAGGAAGCCCUGGUGAGGGGCAGCACAGGAGGCUGUUCUGGCUGGCUGGUUCUGGGCUGAGGGGAUGUGUUGGAGGCAGGAGGAGUGAGGAUGCAGAGGAGGGGAGGACUCACGAAGUGGAAUGAGCAGCAGCCUGGUACGACUUAGAGGCUGAUAAGACUUGAGGAAAGAGGCUUAGGAAGGGGCUUGGAUUUGCUCUCACAGAGACAGCCAAAGGUGUGAUGUCGGGAGAAAGGUUGAGGAGUUCGGAUUGGGAUGUGUUGAAUUUGAAAGGUCUGUAGGGUGUCCAGGCAGAGUGGACCUGAGCUCAAAAACGUCUGGCUGGAGACUGAGCUAGAGAGAGAUGUGGAAGCUCCAGGCAUAUGUGGUCCCCAGGAGGAUGUGCAGAGCAUGGGCUGUCACCUGUUUUUAAUCCACACCCUGACACUAAAAAUGACUGUUGUGUUUUACUUUCUCUAGUUUGUAUCAUGAACCCAGUAAUAAUGACAGUAGCUGUUACGGACUAGUUGUGUCCUCUCCCCAGUCACUAUGCUGAAGUCCUAAAACCAGGACCUCAAAAUGUAACUGCAUUUGGAGAUAGGGUGCUUAAAGAGGUAAUUAAGUGAAUAAUGAGGUCACAAGGUGGGUUCUAAUCCAGUAUGACUGGUGUCCUUAAAGGAAAUAGAUACUAGGACACGCACACACACACACAGGGACAACCAAGUGUGGACACAGCGAGGAGAUGGCCAUCCACAAGCCGAGGAGAGGAGCCUCUAAAGAAACCGACACCGUUGACACCUUGAUCUUGGACUUCCAGCCUUCAGAACUAUAGAAAAUAAAUUUCUGGUAUUUAAGCCUCCCAGUCUGUCAUACUUUGUGAUGGCACCUGUAGCAGACUAGUACAGUAGCUAACACGGGAUACUUAUUACGUGUCAAAUACUGUCUUAAGCACUUUAAAUAUUCUAGCGCAUUUAAUGUUCAUAGCAACCCUAUUUGUAGAAAGUAGUACAGUCCAUGGCAUGGCGGCUAUAUUGGCUCCUUCAUUUUCCCCAGGGUUUGGAGUCUCUUCCACUUUCCAGCUUGUCCUCCUGUCCUUCACUCUCCCCGGGACCAUGUCCUUUAGAUUCUCACCUGUCCCCCACCUCUCUCCUCAGGUUCCAGGCUCAGCAACCUGCCCUCAUCACCUGCCAGUUCCCGACUCUAUCUGUAACUAGCUCCUUACCUGUCUGGGUUGGUCUUCUGAAUACUUGCCACUACUUGGCAUGAUGCUUUUGCAAAAUAGAAAGAAUCAAUAAUAAUAAUAACUGCUAGGGUCUACUGAGCAUGUGCUCUUCAAUGUCUGUUUAUUCUCUUACAACUACCUUAACACAUUAUUAUUCUCCUUUUAAUUCUGCUUUCUAGAGAAGGAGGCUGGGGCUCAGGGAGAUGAGAUGAGUUUUCCCAGGUCUCACAGAAACAGGAUUGAAGGAAGGAAGCCGUGUUUUCCAGAAGAAAAAAACUUACGUAAAGUCUUUCUGUGAAAGACUCAGUUCCUGCUCUCUUUCAGUUGGCAAAGUCUGAAGUCCUAGGAAAGAGAGGAAAAGAACAGAAAUAUGAAUAUGAGUGUGUGUGUAUUUUGCUUCCCUCACUAAAGUUUUCACGUUCUAUAUUAAUAAGGGCAAGCUUUCCCUGUUUUGUUCUCUGCCAUAUCCUCAGUGUCUAUAUUAGGUGCCUGCUAGUGUGGAGCUCUAAAAAGUUGUUAGAGAAAGAAUGGAAGAAAGGAAAGAAGAAGGCAGGAAGGAAAGAAGGAAGGAAGGGAGGGAGGGAUGGAAGAAGGAAGGUAGGAAAGAAAGAAGGAAGGAAAGGAAGGAAGAAAGGAAAAAAGACAAGAUGAAAGGAAAGAAGGAAGAAAGGAAAGAAGAAAGGAAGGAAGAAAGGAAACAACGAAGGAAGGAAGGGGAAGGAGAAAGGGUUCAGGGGAAGGAAAAAACAAGGGAUUGCUUUUCCCUCAUGGGGGGCUUGAGCUUGUUGCUUCCAAAGCUACAAAGCUUUGGUCUUUACCCAUAAAAAAAUUUUGAAGUCACCCCAUCCAGUUAUGUUUCCCUACAGUUUAAACAAGAAUUCUCAUGCUCCACUGGCCACACGAGUGACCUCAGGGGGAGUAGACACAGGUGGAGGGAGCUCCUUGUGACCAGCAGAGAAAACAGGAUGGGGCACUCCCUCACUGAGUACCUGUGGGUGGGAAGGCCAUUGCCAACCGUAGCUCUAUAAAGGCUCCCUGGCCCGGGAACCUAGGGCAGGCAGUGGCUUCUUCUCCUUCCUCCCGGGAAGGGCCAGGAAAAUGGCCCUGGUCCUGGGGAUUGUCAGCCUACUGGGCUCUGUCUGCUUGGUGUCCGCCAAUAUCUUUGGUAAGUUCUGAGGCUGUGGAGCCAGGGGGCUGGGGAGGGAGCGCCAGUGUCAGCCAGGCUCUGCCCUGGGCCUUCGAACAGGUGUGAUCUAAUUAAAUUUUCCCCAAUGCCUACAUGUCAGUGAUUUACUUUCCUUUUCAGAUAAACAGGCAGAUUUAGAAAGAGGCGAACUGAAUUACUUAAGGUCACAGAGCUAGUGAUUGGUGGAGCAGAAAUGGGAAAUGGGGUUGAUCUUUCUAUUCAAUUCUAGGUCCCCCUCACUCCACCAUUUUGGCAAACUUUUGGCAUUGACCUUGGGUUUUUAUCCCCUUAGCUAUUCCAAAGUCUAUGUCAUCUGUAAGAGGUAUUUUAGAAGUAGCCAGCAGGUAGAAGGAAAAGAAAUCUACCUGUGGAGUGAAAUAGCCCUAAGUUCUGUCCUAGCCACUUACCCGUGUGACUUUGGGCAAAGUGCCAAGCCGCUGUUUCGUCAUUUAAAAAGUAAACAACAACCUCAUGGUGUGGUUGUGAUUUCUGGGUAAGAUCCUCUGUGUUAUAUGAGUUCUCAAUGGAGAAGACAUGUACGUUAUUAAUCAAUUUGUAUUCCAUUGUGUAUCUGGAAGGUGCUACAUCUGUAGGGCAUGGCUUGAUAGAUUCAAGAAGAACUUCCUUGUGGUGUUGUAACCUACUCCAAAUAGCCUCAUGGGAGCAGGGGUUGGAAUGUGGAGUCCCUGUGUUGAUUUUGGAAUCCUUCACUUGCCAGCUAUGUGACUUUGAGCAGGAUGACUUUCGCUGCCUGAGAUUUGGUACCUCAUGAGUGACAAGGAUAUAUUGCCUGUCACCUCUCAGAGGAAUGCUGUGCUUUAAAUCAGCUAAUGUAAUACUUGGAAAAAAGUGUGCCUAGCUGCCAGAUCUUAAGAUAGACUGUCACAGGUAAUGGUGAUGACCCUGGAAAAGCAUCUGUGCUUACGAGAGCCUAUCUCUGUCCUGGCAGCCCAGUCCAUGCUCUUCUCUGAUGAAACAUUUUUCUUUUCCUAGAGUACCAGGUGGAUGCCCAGCCCCUUCGUCCCUGUGAGCUGCAGAGGGAAAGGGCUUUUCUGAAGCAAGCAGACUAUGUGCCCCAGUGCACAGAAGAUGGCAGUUUCCAGUAAGGCUUAUAUCAGCAGCAAACUCUCAAGGUCCAAGAUGCCAUAAAGAGCAUCUUGUGCCUCCCCCUCUCUUCCUGGGAUCUGCCCUGCAGCUCCUUUGUGCACAUGAGGCUUGGCCACUGCCAUUUGGAGGUGCCCACCUUUCAGGUCCCCAAGCUGAUCAACACCGGCCAAACUGACCAAGUGAACCCUAAUCCAUGCUUCGUCCUCCCACUGCUCUUCCUUCUCUUCCUGCCAUCACUUUUUCUGUGAUGACUUGAGUAAACUGCACACGUGGGGGGUGGGGCAGAGUUGUGGAGGGUGUCAAAUGAUCUGUGUUUUGGAGCCUCUCCCUCCUCCAAGUAUCCUCUUGAGAAGCUGGGGUGGUGGAAGCAGAGGCUGCCUUGACUUCCCAGUCCAUUGCUGCCUUUGACCCUGUCCAGGCCAGCUUUCUAGGCUGCCUCUGGGCUUACAGGUCACUGUCUCCUCAUGGAGCUGCUCUCUGGAAGGGGUUUCUCCAGCUGCCCUAAUACAGCUGUGGGGCCUGAGACCCUCUCUGUGGAGAGCAUGAUAAUAAUCUAGACGAUUCUUCCUUGUGGAAUAGACAGGAAUCAUUUGCAAUGUGCAUGCCAUUGAAAUUUCCCCGUGCUAUUCCAGUCAUUUUGAAUAGGGGAACUGCAUCUAUAUGAUGGUGUUCUGGGACACAUCUGCAGAACGUCCCUCCUUGCCGCUAUCUUCUGUACACUCUUAACAUGCCUAACCUCCCACGAGCAUGCAGAGACACUGCUAGAGCAGUUCUUCUUUAAAUCGCUGGGAAUUCUGAAGCAGCAAGGAAGGCAUUAAGGAGGAUGUGUCGCUUUCACCAGCCUUAUUUAUGUUCCCAUCCCAAUUCUCUUGUUCCAGCCUCUUGCAGUUUCAAACCUGGUCUGUCCUCAGGAGGCUUUGCAUAUGCUGUUCCCUUUACCCAGAGCAUCCUUUACCUUCUACACCCCGACCAUCCUGCAGGUCUCAGUUCAGCCAUCAUUUCUUUCCAGAAAUGACGUCAACUCUAUGGCCUGGCCUGACCCCUCCCAUGUGCUUCCCAAUAUGCCAGGCCGGCCCCUGACCCCACUAACGUCCCACCCCCAGAGCCCCAAUGCUAUCCACACAAUGUGGGCACUGCCUUUUCCCUCUACAGCCUCAUAAUGACUGAGGACACUUAGUAGAUGUGGCUGAAGCCCUGUACUCUGGGUGGGUCACUUGCUUUGGGGCUGGAAAGGUGGUGAAUGAAUGGCUGGGGCAGGAGGCAGAGCAGGUGUCAGCCAGGCAGGAAAAGUGGAGCCUUUCCUUUCCCAGGUAAGCCACCCCUCUCACCUCCACUGUCUCCCUAAUUUAAAUGAACCAAAACCUGGAGGAAUGGAAACAAAGAAGAAAAGUAGGCUGUGUGGGAGCCUGUGUGUGCCUUUGGGGGCCCGUCGCAGAGUCACCUGGUCUGUCUCUCCUCCUCAGGACUGUCCAGUGCCAGAAUGAUGGUCGCUCCUGCUGGUGUGUGGGUGUUGAUGGCGGCGAAGUGCUGGGCAGCAGGCAGCCAGGACGGCCUGUGGCUUGUUUGUCAUUUUGUCAGCUGCAGAAACAGCAGAUCUUGCUGAGUGGCUACAUUAACAGCACAGCCACCUCCUACCUCCCUCAGUGUCAGGAUUCAGGGGACUACACGCCUGUCCAGUGUGACGUGCGGCAGGUGCAAUGCUGGUGUGUGGACGCAGAGGGCAUGGAGGUGUAUGGGACCCGCCAGCUGGGGAGGCCAAGGCGAUGUCCAAGGAGCUGUGAAAUAAGAAAUCGUCGUCUUCUCCACGGGGUGGGGGACAAGUCACCACCCCAGUGUUCUGCAGAGGGAGAGUUUAUGCCCGUCCAGUGCAAAUUUGUCAACACCACAGACAUGAUGAUUUUUGAUCUGGUCCACAACUACAACAGGUUUCCAGAUGCAUUUGUGACCUUCAGUUCCUUCCAGAGCAGGUUCCCUGAGGUAUCUGGGUAUUGCCACUGUGCUGACAGCCAAGGGCGGGAACUGGCUGAGACAGGUUUGGAGUUGUUACUGGAUGAAAUUUAUGACACCAUUUUUGCUGGCCUGGACCUGGCUUCCACCUUCACCGAAACCACCCUGUACCGGAUACUGCAGAGACGGUUCCUCGCGGUUCAGUCCCUCAUCUCUGGCAGAUUCCGAUGCCCCACAAAAUGUGAAGUGGAGCGGUUUACAGCCACCAGCUUUGGUCACCCUUAUGUUCCAAGCUGCCGCCGAAAUGGAGACUAUCAGGCAGUGCAGUGCCAGAAGGAAGGGCCCUGCUGGUGUGUGGACGCCCAGGGGAAGGAAAUCCAUGGAACCCGGCAGCAAGGGGAGCCGCCAUCUUGUGCUGAAGGCCAAUCUUGUGUCUCCAAAAGACAGCAGGCCUUGUCCAGACUCUACUUUGGGACCUCAGGCUACUUCAGCCGGCAUGACCUGUUCUCCUCCUGGGAGGAAGGACGGGCCUCUCCGAGAGUAGCCAGAUUUGCCACACCCUGCCCACCUACAAUCAAGGAGCUCUUUGUGGACUCUGGGCUCCUCCACCCAAUGGUGGAGGGACAGAGCCAACGGUUUUCUGUCUCAGAAAGUCUCCUCAAAGAAGCCAUCCGUGCGAUUUUUCCCUCGCGAGAGCUGGCUCAUCUUGCCCUUCAGUUUACCACCAACCCAGAGAGACUCCAGCAAAACCUUUUUGGAGGGAAAUUUUUGGUGAAUGUUGGCCAGUUUAACUUGUCUGGAGCCCUUGGCACAAGAGGCACAUUUAACUUCAGUCAGUUUUUCCAGCAACUUGGUCUUGCAAGCUUCUCAAAUGGAGGGAGACUAGAAGAUUUUGCCAAGCCACUCUCUGUGGAAUUAGAUUCAAAUUCUUCUGCAGAAACUCCUGAAGCCUCUAAGAAGGCUGUUGCUAUGAAUAAGUCAACUGUGGGCAGCUUUGGCUUUGAAAUUAACCUGCAAGAGAACCAAAAUGCCCUCAAAUUCCUUUCUUCUCUCCUGGAGCUUCCAGAAUUCCUUCUCUUCUUGCAGCAUGCUAUCUCUGUGCCAGAAGAUGUGGCAAGAGAUUUAGGUGAUGUGAUGGAAAUAGUGCUCAACUCCCAGACCUGUGAGCAGACACCUGAAAGGCUAUUUGUCCCGUCAUGCAUGGCAGAAGGAAGCUAUGAGGCUGUCCAGUGCUUCGCAGGAGAGUGCUGGUGUGUGGAUUCCUGGGGCAAAGAGCUUCCAGGCUCAAGAGUCAGAGGUGGACAACCGAGGUGCCCCACAGACUGUGAAAAGCAAAGGGCUCGCAUGCAAAGCCUCAUGGGCAGCCAGCCUGCUGGCUCCAGCGUGUUUGUCCCUGCUUGUACUAGUGAGGGACAUUUCCUGUCUGUCCAGUGCUUCAAAGCAGAGUGCUACUGUGUUGACGCUGAAGGUCAGGCCAUUCCUGGAACUCAAAGUGUGAUGGGGAAGCCCAAGAAAUGCCCCACACCUUGUCAAUUACAGGCUGAGCAAGCUUUCCUCUGGACGGUGCAGGCCCUGCUCUCUAACUCCAGCAUGCUACCCACCCUUCCCGACACCUACAUCCCACAGUGCCGUGCUGACGGGCGGUGGAGACAAGUGCAAUGCGAUGGGCCCCCCGAGCAGGUCUUCCAGUGGUACCAACAAUGGGAGGCUCAGAACAAGGGCCAGGAGCUGACGCCUGCCGAGUUGCUAGUGAAGAUCGUGAGCUACAGAGAAGCAGCUUCUGGAAACUUCAGUCUCUUUAUUCAAAGUCUGUAUGAGGCUGGCGAGCAAGGUGUCUUCCCGGUGCUGUCACAAUACCCUUCUCUACAAGAUGUCCCACUCGCAGCACUGGAAGGGAACCGGCUCCAGUCCAGGGAGAAUGUCCUCCUGGAGCCCUACCUCUUCUGGCAGAUCCUAAAUGGCCAACUGAGCCGAUACCCGGGACCCUACUCAGACUUCAGCACUCCUCUGGCACACUUCGACCUUCGGAACUGCUGGUGUGUGGAUGAGGCUGGCCAAGAGCUGGAAGGAACGCGAACUGAGCCAAGCAAGCUCCCAACAUGUCCUGGCUCCUGUGAGGAAGUGAAGCUCCGCGUACUGCAGUUCAUUAGGGAAGCGGAAGAGAUUGUCUCAGUUUCUAACAGUUCUCAGUUCCCUCUGGGGGAGAGUUUCCUGGUGACCAAGGGAAUCUGGCUGAGGAAUGAAGACCUGGGCCUUCCUCCACUCUUCCCGCCCCGGGAGGCUUUCUCGGAGCAGUUUCUGCGUGGCAGUGAUUAUGCCAUUCGCCUGGCGGCUCAGUCUACCUUAAGCUUCUAUCAGAGUCGCCGCUUUUCUCUGGACAACAAUGCUGGAGCAUCCGCCCGCCUGCGGUCAGGUCCCUACAUGCCACAGUGCGAUGCGUUUGGAAGUUGGGAGCCCAUGCAAUGCUAUGCUGGAACUGGGCACUGCUGGUGUGUAGAUGAGAAAGGAGAGUUCAUUCCUGCCUCGCUGACUGCCCGCUCUCUGCAGAUCCCACAGUGCCCGACCACCUGCGAGAAAUCUCGAAGCAGUGGGCUGCUUUCCAGUUGGAAACAGGCUAGAUCCCAAGGAAACCCAACUCCAAAAGACCUGUUCAUCCCAGCCUGCCUAGAGACAGGAGAGUAUGCCAGGCUGCAGGCAUCGGAGGCUGGCACCUGGUGUGUGGACCGUGCAUCAGGAGAAGAGUUGCUGCCUGGCUUGAACAGCAGUGCCCAGUGCCCAAGCCUCUGCAAUGUGCUCAAGAAUGGAGUCCUCUCCAGGAGAAUCGGCCCAGGCUAUGUCCCGACCUGUGGGGCAGAGGACGGGGGCUUUUUCCCAGUGCAAUGCAACCAGGCCCAGAGCAGCUGCUGGUGUGUCAUGGACAGUGGAGAAGAGGUGCCCGGGACGCGUGUGGCCGGGAGCCAGCCCGCCUGUGAGAGCCCGCGGUGUCCACUGCCGUUCAACGUGUCGGAGGUGGUUGGUGGAACAAUCCUGUGUGAGACCAUCUCGGGCCCGACAGGGGCUGCCAUCCAGCAGUGCCGGUUGCUGUGCCGCCAGGGCUUCCGGAGCGUGUUCCCACCGGGGCCACUGAUAUGUAGCCUGGAGAGCGGACGCUGGGAGUCACAGCCACCUCAGCCCCGGGCCUGCCAACGGCCCCAGCUGUGGCAGACCAUCCAGACCCAAGGGCACUUUCAGCUCCAGCUCCCACCGGGCAAGAUGUGCAGUGCCGACUAUGCGGGUUUGCUGCAGGCUUUUCAGGUCUUCAUAUUGGAUGAGCUGACCGCCCGUGGCUUCUGCCAGAUCCAGGUGAAGACUUUUGGCACUCCAGUUUCCAUUCCUGUCUGCGACAACUCCUCUGUGCAGGUGGGAUGUCUGACCAGGGAGCGUUUAGGAGUGAAUGUUACAUGGAAAUCACGGCUUGAGGACAUCCCAGUGGCCUCUCUUUCUGACUUAUAUGACAUUGAGAGAGCCAUGGUGGGCAAGGAUCUUCUUGGGCGCUUCACAGACCUGAUCCAGAGUGGCUCAUUUCAGCUUCAUCUGGAUUCGAAGUCAUUCCCAGCAGACACCGCCAUCCGCUUCCUUCAAGGGGACCACUUUGGCACCUCUCCCAGGACACGGUUUGGGUGCUUGGAGGGAUUCUACCAAGUCUGGACAAGUGAGGCCAGUCAGGACCGACUAGGAUGUGUUAAGUGUCCUGAGGGAAGCUAUUCCCAAGAUGAGCAAUGCAUUCUUUGUCCUGUUGGAUUCUACCAAGAACAGGCAGGGAGCUUGGCCUGUGUCCCAUGUCCUAUGGGCAGAACAACCAUUUCUGCGGGAGCUUUCAGCCAGACUCACUGUGUCACUGACUGUCAGAGGAACGAAGCAGGCCUGCAAUGUGACCAGAACGGCCAGUACCGAGCCAGCCAAAGGGACAAGGGCAGUGGAAAGGCCUUCUGUGUGGACAGCGAGGGGCAGAGGCUGCCGGGGGAAACAGAGGCCCCACUUGAGGACUCACAGUGUCUGAUGAUGCAGAAAUUUGAGAAGACUCCAGAAUCAAAGGUCGUCUUCGAUGCCAGUGCUCCUGUGGCUGUCAGAUCCAAAGUUCCCGAUUCUGAGUUCCCCGUGAUGCAGUGUUUGACAGAUUGUGCAGAGGAUGAGACCUGCGGCUUCCUCACCAUGUCCAUGAUGGAGCCAGAGGUUUCCUGUGAUUUCUAUGCUUGGACAAGUGACAAUGUCGCCUGCAUGACUUCUGAGCAGAAACAAGAUGCAUUGGGGAACUCAAAGGCCACCAGCUUUGGAAGUCUUCGCUGCCAGGUGAAAGUGAGGAGUCGUGGUCAAGAUUCUCCAGCAGUGUAUUUGAAAAAGGGCCAAGGAUACACCACAACACUGCAGAAAAGCUUUGAACCUACUGGUUUCCAAAAUACGCUUUCUGGAUUGUACAACCCUGUUGUGAUCUCAAGAGCCAGUCUGACCGAUGCUCACCUCUUCUGCCUUCUUGCGUGUGACCAUGAUCUGUGUUGUGAUGGCUUCAUCCUCACACAGGUCCAAGGAGGUGCUAUCAUUUGUGGGUUGCUGAGCUCACCCAGUGUCCUGCUUUGCAAUGUUGAAGACUGGAUGGAUGCCUCUGAAGCCCGGGCUAAUGCUACAUGUGCCGGUGUGACAUAUGACCAGGAGACCCGCCAGGUGACAUUGCGUGUUGGAGGCCAGGAGUUCAUCAAGAGUCUGACACCCCUAGAAGGAACUCAAGGCACCUUUACCAAUUUUCAGCAGGUUUAUCUCUGGAAAGAUUCUGACAUGGGGUCUCGGCCUGAGUCUGUGGGAUGCAGAAAAGGCACAGUGCCAAGUCCAACAUCUCCAACAGAAACAGGUUUGACAACAGAACUUUUCUCCGCUGUGGACCUUGACCAGGUCAUUGUCAAUGAAAAUCGAUCACUGCCCAUCCAGAAGCACUGGCUUUUCAAACACCUGUUUUCAGCCCAGGAGGCAAAUCUGUGGUGCCUUUCUCGUUGUGUGCAGGAGCACUCUUUCUGUCAGCUCGCAGAGAUAAUAACAGACAAUGGUUCCAUGUACUUCACUUGCACCCUCUACCCAGAGGCACAAGUGUGUGAUGAUAUCAUGGAAUCCAGUCCCCAGGGCUGCAGACUGAUCCUGCCUCAGAGGCCAAUGGCCCUGUUCCGGAAGAAAGUUAUACUGGAAGAUAAAGUGAAGAACUUUUACACUCGCCUGCCGUUCCAAAAACUGAUGGGGCUAUCCAUUAGAAAUAAAGUGCCCAUGUCUGAAAAAUCUAUUUCUAAUGGGUUCUUCGAAUGUGAACGAUUGUGUGAUAUGGACCCAUGCUGCACUGGCUUUGGAUUUCUUAAUGUUUCCCAAUUAAAAGGAGGAGAGGUGACAUGCCUCACUCUGAACAGCUUGGGACUUCAGAUGUGCAGUGAGGAGAAUGGAGGAGCAUGGCGCAUUUUGGAUUGUGGCUCUCCUGACAUUGAAGUCCACACCUAUCCCUUUGGAUGGUACCAGAAGCCCAUUGCUCUAAAUAAUGCUCCCAGUUUUUGCCCUUCGGUUGUUCUGCCUUCUCUCACCGAGAAAGUCUCUCUGGAUUCGUGGCAGUCCCUGGCCCUGUCUUCAGUGGUUGUCGAUCCAUCCAUUAGGAACUUUGAUGUUGCCCAUGUCAGCACUGCUGCCGCCAGCAAUUUCUCUGCUGUCCGAGACCUCUGUUUGUCAGAAUGUUCCCAACAUGAGGCCUGUCUCACCACGACUCUGCAGACCCAACCUGGGGCUAUGAGAUGUAUGUUCUAUCCUGAUACCCAAAGCUGCACACAUAGUCUGCAGGGCCAGUACUGCCACCUUCUGCUUCGUGAAGAGGCCACCCACAUCUACCGGAAACAAGGAAUCUCUCUGCUCAGCUAUGAGGCAUCUGUACCUUCUGUGCCCAUUGCCACUCAUGGCAAGCUGCUGGGCAGGUCCCAGGCCAUCCAGGUGGGCACCUCAUGGAAGCAAGUGGACCAGUUCCUUGGAGUUCCAUAUGCUGCCCCACCCCUGGCAGAGAGGCGCUUCCGGGCACCGGAGCCCUUGAACUGGACAGGGUCCUGGGAUGCCAGCAAGCUAAGGGCCAGCUGCUGGCAGCCAGGCACCCGAACAUCCAUGUCUCCUGGAGUCAGUGAAGAUUGCUUGUAUCUCAAUGUGUUCAUCCCUCAGAAUGUGGCUCCAAACACAUCCGUGCUGGUGUUCUUCCACAACACCAUGGAGGGGAAGGGGAGUGAAGGAUGGCCAGCUAUCGAUGGCUCCUUCCUGGCUGCUGUUGGCAACCUCAUCGUGGUCACUGCCAGCUACCGAGUGGGUGUCUUCGGCUUCCUGAGUUCUGGGUCUGGAGAAGUGAGUGGCAACUGGGGACUUCUGGACCAGGUGGCAGCUCUGACCUGGGUGCAGACCCACAUCCGAGCAUUUGGCGGGGACCCUCGGCGCGUGUCCCUGGCAGCAGACCGUGGCGGGGCUGAUGUGGCCAGCAUCCACCUUCUCACGGCUAGGGCCACCAACUCGCGACUCUUCCGGAGAGCUGUGCUGAUGGGAGGCUCCGCACUCUCCCCAGCCGCCAUCAUCAGCCACGAGAGGGCCCAGCAGCAGGCAGUUGCUUUGGCAAAGGAGGUCAGCUGCCCCAUGUCAUCCAGCCAAGAAGUGGUGUCCUGCCUCCGCCAGAAGCCUGCCAGUGUCCUCAAUGACGCCCAGACCAAGCUCCUGGCCGUGAGUGGCCCUUUCCACUACUGGAGUCCUGUGGUCGAUGGCCAGUUCCUCCGGGAAGCUCCAGCCAGAGCUCUGAAGAGGACUUUACAGGUAGAGGUCGAUCUGCUCAUCGGGAGCUCUCAGGAUGACGGGCUCAUCAACAGAGCAAAGGCUGUGAAGCAAUUUGAGGAAAGUCAAGGCCGGACCAGUAGCAAAACAGCCUUUUACCAAGCGCUGCAGAAUUCCCUGGGCGGCGAGGACUCAGAUGCCCGCGUUGAGGCUGCUGCUACAUGGUAUUACUCUCUAGAGCACUCCUCGGAUGACUACGCCUCCUUCUCCCGGGCUCUGGAGAAUGCCACCCGGGACUACUUUAUCACCUGCCCUAUAAUCGACAUGGCCAGUGCCUGGGCAAAGAGAACCCGAGGAAACGUCUUCAUGUACCACGCUCCCAAAAGCUACGGCCACGGCAGCCUGGAGUUGCUGGUGGAUGUUCAGUUUGCCUUUGGGCUUCCCUUCUACCCAGCCUACGAGGGGCAGUUUUCUCUGGAGGAGAAGAGCCUGUCACUGAAAAUCAUGCAGUACUUUUCCCACUUCAUCAGAUCAGGAAAUCCCAACUACCCUUAUGAGUUCUCGCGGAAAGUGCCUGACUUUGCAAGCCCCUGGCCUGACUUUGUACCCAGUGCUGGCGGGGAGAACUACAAGGAGUUCAGUACACAGCUCCCCAAUCGACAGGGCCUGAAGAAAGCCGAUUGCUCCUUCUGGUCCAAGUACAUCUCGUCUCUGAAAGCAUCUGCAGAUGGAGCCAAGGGCGGGCAGUUGGCAGAGAGUGAAGAGGAGGAGUUGACGGCUGGAUCUGGGGUAAAAGAAGACCUCCUAAGUCUCCAGGAACCCUACAGCAAGUGACCAACUCCUGAGUGCCCCCAACACCCCACCCGAGGCUGCCAGCUAUGAGCAUGUUUUUCUCUAAAAUAGCCAGUUACCUUCAAUAAAGUAUCCGCAUGCAGUGAA